CUACGGGCCUGCUCCAGCUAUGGGCGACCCGCCGAACGCAUUCGCCUGCGGUGAAGUGGCAAGCAGCGGUAGGUAUUGCGACCCGAGCAUCCUCCGCAAUGGUCCGGGUCCCGACAUACACGAGCCAGAACACUCCACCAUGCAGCAGUUGGCGUGCGGGGAGGAUCUGAUUUCACCAAAUUCGGACGGUCUUAAUAUUGGGGGACUCCGCUUGAGUAGUCCGUACGGUCAUGCCAUUCCACUUCCUAGGAAGCAUCUGCGUCUGAGGAAAGGCGAGCACCUCGAAGGAGCGCGUAUUAUCCCAAGCGCCCCAUUAAUGAAUAUCUUCGAGGAUCUCGAGCCUAACGAGGUGGUGCUUUUCUUUGGCUGGAAAGGGACGAUGACAGCUAGGAUCGAAAAGGACCUGCUAUGUUGCUACUCUGGGUACUUCUCUGACGUGUUCGAUGCUCUGCUCGGUGACGGCCCAGAGCACAUUCGGUCUAUCCUGGAGUCUCACACUCGGAUUAUUCGCCUCCGCGGCGAUUUCCCGUUCGCCGUCAGGGCAAUGAUCAACUUCAUCGUCCGGGGCAUCUACCCUUUCGAGCAGGAAAUGGUCUACCACCACCCGUACAUCACCAUGCUAGACCUCCACGUCCACGCCUAUAUCGUCGCCGAGAAGUACAAAGUCCCGAAGCUAGCAGACUACGCUCUCAAUAAGUACACCACGCUCGCCUACGAUAUCGUCACGGCAAACUUCCAUGUCGACAUCCCAGCCGUCCACAACGUCCCCCAGGACGCGUACGGAAGACUAAUGUGGGAAGCCUAUGCCCCGCAGCGCCUGCUAUCCACGCCUCGUGACGCGUGCGAUCGGACGCCCAACGCGCAGAUCGACCGCUUCCUCGACUCCGUCGUGCUGCUGUGGAGGAACACAAAGAGCGAUAAGGACGCGAUGAGGAAGGUGGUUCUAGAGUUGGUCAAGAUGGCGCUGCCGAAGUUCAUGAGGAUGCGGUUCUUCAACACGAUGGUUGCAGGACUUGAGGGGUUUGCAGGUGAUUUGGAGAAGAGCCUAGGUGAAGAUGGGAUUGAGGUCGAGAUGGGAUGGGCGCCGAUCAAUGGCAGAUAUGGUGUGAAUUUCGGCGGAUCUGGGGAGUAGAACACCAUUGCAAAGUCGGGCCUGGAGGAUGAGAUGAGAUGAGAUGGUGAUUAGUCCGUCUUGUUGACGUGCUGCUAGGAUGACGGGCCUGGAUGGAGGGGAAAGGUGUUUGUCGGCUACCCGUGUUAUAGGCCUUUUCUGCUGUGGAGGGGCGAGGGUUGAGAGAUAGCGGCACUCGUGCCUUUGCGAUGUCCACGUGUGCUAUGAAAAAAAAAACAGAAAUCGUGUCAAAUGUCG